AUGACGACAGCACAUCGCCCAACGUGGUACAAUGCCAUAGGAGGUGAUAAUCAAGGAGGGAAUCGAAAAGUUAGUCAGACGCUCAAAGUCUGCAGUCGAGAUUUGCCAGGACACCUAAAAAUGAAAACGAGAGAUUUAAGUGACUAUGUAGAAGAUAAAAAUAUGAUUAAAAACAAUUUAAUACAACUAGAAAAUAAAAACAAUAAAGAAACCAUUAAAGGUAAUAAAUUACUAGCCAUAGAAAAUAUAAAAAAAUUGACAAAUCAUGAUUUCAAAAAUCCCUUUCCAGAAGAUGAAGAUGAUAUUAUUGGUGAUGAGUGGAAAAAAAACUCUCACAAGAAAAAUAAGAAAAAGAAAAAAUUAAAAAUGAAGAAUAAAAGAAAUGUUAAAAAGAGGAAAGUCAAACAUGAUAUGUCAGAAGAUGAGAUGAGUCAUGAUAUGAAUGAUUAUAAUUCAGGUGAUAAUAAUUCGAGUGAUAAUAAUUCGAGUGAUAAUAAUUCGAGUGAUAAUAAUUCGAGUGAUAAUAAUUCGAGUGAUAAUAACUCAAGCGAUAAUAAUUCAAGUGAUAAUAAUUCAAGUGAUGAUGACGAAUCCGAUGAAGAAGAAAAAGAACUACUAAGAGAACUUGAAAAUUUAAAAAGAGAAAGGAUGGAAAAGCUUAAAAAAGAAAAAGAAGAACAAGAACUUUUAAAAAAAAAAAAAAAUAAUGUCUUAACAAAUAACCCAUUAAUUAAUUUAGAAGAUAGUAGUGAUAAUGAUGAAGUAAGUACAAAAAAAAGAAAAUGGACAGAUGACGCUAUCUUUAGAAAUACCUGUGAGAAAAAAGAAAAAAAAACACCAUCGUAUAUUAAUGAUACUGUACGUAGUGCCUUUCACAAGAAGUUUUUAUUUAAAUAUAUUCAUUAA